AAACCCGUCAGCAUGUCCGGGGACCCCAGCGAGGACACCCCGGUCUUCGAGGACAUCAAAGCCCCCUCGCGGCCCCUGGAGACCCCUCCCGACCUGGCGCAGCUGCACCCCAUGAGGAUGGACCAGCGGAUGCCACCGCUCAUCCUGGAGGCACGCUCAGAGAUGGACAAGUACCUGUCCAGCGAGGUGCCGCCCAUGCCGAUGCUCCCAGACAAGAAGUACCGCCGGGAGAGCGCCUCGGUGGUGGACGAGUUCUUCUCCACAGAGAAGCCCAGCUCGGCGCCCUACAGCGUGAACAUCAACGUCAUCCUGCCCGACACCACCCACCUGCGCACGGGGCUCUACCGGCCCCCCAAGCCCAUGGUCCCCUUCCCGCAGAUCAAAUCCGAGCCUGGCACCGGCUUCUCCCAGCCCUGCUCGUCCUCCUCCGGCCCCACGCAGACCCUGCCCGACUUCACCAGCGUGUUCAGCAUGCCCCAGUCGGUGGCGGUCAACAACAUCUUCAUCAAGCAGGAGAUGCCCGCAGAGAUCCCGCUGUCGGCCCAUCCGCAGCAAUCCCAGCUCUUCCAGCUGCCCCUGGGCGCUGCCAGCGCCGACAUUCCCACCCUGGCGUCCUCCUCCAGCAGCACCACGGCCAUCAGCUGCCUCAGCGGAGUCACCAUGUCCACGGGCUCCGUGGCCAGCGUGGCACACAGACCCGUGCAGCCAGCAGGGCCCCUCAAGCAGUACCCACACGUGGCUCAGGGACAGGCGAGCUUUGGGAACAUCUCCGGGCAGUUCUACCCCGCCCCGGGGGUCACUCUGCCCCCCUCGCCCCCCAACUCGCAGCCCGGCAGCCCCGAGAACCAGCCCGAGCUCAUCAACACCAUCUCUCCCCCGCCGUCCUACGAAGCCACUUUUGGACUGAAGCUGGUCCAGUCGUCCCAGAUGCCCCCAGGGCCCAACAGCGUCGGGGGCCUCUCCCAGGGCCACGUUGUGAUGCCGCCCCCCAAGUACAACAGGCGCAACAACCCCGAGCUGGAGAAGAGGAGGAUCCACCACUGUGACUACCCAGGUUGCUCAAAGGUUUACACCAAGAGCUCCCACCUGAAGGCGCAUCAGAGGACUCACACAGGUGAGAAGCCCUACAAGUGCACGUGGGAAGGCUGCGACUGGCGCUUUGCCCGCUCGGACGAGCUCACGCGGCACUACCGCAAGCACACGGGGGCCAAACCCUUCAAGUGCCUGGCGUGCGGCCGCUGCUUCUCCCGCUCCGACCACCUGGCCCUGCACAUGAAGAGGCACCAGAAUUAG